CCACGCAUGCGCAAAAGACAGGUGCGCGGCUGGGCUCCAGCAGCAGCAGCAGCAGCAUCCGCAGCAGGGAAGCACCGCCAGCCAGGCUUGCGGCCCAGUCGAGAGCCCAAGUGGUCCUGCUCCGAGUCCUGGCAGGCGGUCGCCAUAGCAACGCUGGCGGCCGGAAGAACUCCUCCUCGGCGGCCCCCUCCAUCUCUGGCUCAGUCUCUCUGGGGCUCCUGAGGAGCUGCGGAAGAUGGCGGACGGCGGGGCAAGCCCAGGGCGGCGGCAGGAGGAGGAGGAGGAAGGGGACGAUGGCGACGACGAGGAGGAGGAGGAGGAGAAGGAGGCAGGCCCCAGCGGAGGGCGGCGGGGGAAGGGGCCCCGGGGAAGAGGCCGCCCGCCCAGCGUCCGGGACCUGCAGCUGGCGCUGGCUGGAUUGUAUGAAGAUGAAAUGAAAAGACAACCACUUCAUUCUGAAAAAUCAGCAACUAGAGUAGCCAGUCACCCAGGAUUACCAGUGCAAAGAAGCUUGAAAAAACCUGAAAGAAGUAUGAGUGAUGACAAGAAUAACCAAAGAUUUUACUUAGGUGAUUCAGAUUGCAGAAAUGCUGAACCAUCUAAUAUAAUUUCCAGUAAAAUUGUUGAUGAGCUUUUCAAAGAAGCAAGAGAACAUGGGGCAGUCCCUUUAAAUGAAGUAUCAAGAGCCUCAGGAGAUUGUCAUAAAGCUAAAUCAUUUUCUGGUGGUGGAUACAGAUUGGGGGACUCUACUUGGAAGCGCUCUGAAUAUAUUUAUGGAGAAAAUCAGUUUGGGCAAGAUGUUCAAAUCUUGCUCAAACUAUGGAGAAAUGGUUUCAGCUUAGAUGAUGGAGAGCUGAGAUCUUACACAGAUCCAGUAAAUGCUGAGUUCCUUGAGUCCGUUAAAAGAGGAGAGAUUCCUGCUGAACUUCAGAGACUGGUUCAUGGAGGCCAAGUUAAUUUGGAUAUGGAAGAUCACCAGGAACAGGAAUACAUAAGGCCUAGACUGAAAUUCAAAGCUUUCAGUGGAGAAGGACAGAAGCUUGGAAGCCUUACUCCUGAGAUCGUCAGUACACCUUCUUCUCCAGAAGAAGAGGAGAAAUCCUUUCUUGAUGCUGCUCUUUUGGUAGAUGACUCUGUGCCAACAACUAAAAUUCAAGUAAGGCUAGCAGAUGGAAGUCGUUUAAUACAAAGAUUUAAUCAAACACACAGGAUCGUAGAUAUUCGAAACUUUAUUAUCCAGUCUCGCCCUUGGUUUGCUAACACUGACUUUGUUCUUCUGACUACAUUUCCACAUAAAGAGCUUACAGAUGAAAGCUUGACACUACAAGAAUCAAAUAUACUGAACACUGUGAUUCUUCAGCAGCUAAAGUAAACCUUCAGCCUAUCAGUAAAUCUUCAGCCUAUGGCUUCAGUGAAUCGAUAGUGUUCUCUCUUGUUCUACAACAAUGCUUCCGAGAGAGAGAGAGAGAGAGAGAAGAAAAAACAGAAAGAAACCAAGUUUUUGGCUUAAAGAAGUCCAUUGAUUUUUAAUCCUCCUCUGUCUUCCAGUGAUAAUUGUCUUAAAUAGAAUUCAGAAAGAUUUGUUAAUGAAUGUGAAUUGAUUUUGUAUAUUUAUAAAACUAAACAGUGAGAAUUAGUGUUCUACCUUUAUUUGUGGGUAGGGAUGGGGAAAGAAUUACUGUAAUCAGGCAUUUUAGAAGGGUGCAAAAGCCAUUUUUGGAUACAGAAGGAUUCUUUUCCAACUGACUUUUAAGACUUGAACUAUGGAAGAAUUCAUGCUGCAGCAGCUAACACAUUAAGAAAUUCAAUGUGUUUAAGAUACAUUUGUGCCCCAUUGUGAGACUUGGAAGUACUCUGUGUAUAGGUUGAUAACUUCCAUGUAUCUAGCAUAAUUUUAACACAUUUCUGUAAUGUACUUGUAAAAUAUUUGGGUUAUUCUAUAAUUGUCUUUUAAUCUCAACUGUAAUAACAGUACUUUAAAUGAGAAAGAUUGUUAUACAGAGCUUAUCCUAUUUGUAUAGUCAUUUUUUGUCUUUUUUACAGAAGAGAAAAAGAUAGUAGAGUAACAGUUUUUAAAAGAAAAAAUUCAGGCUUGAGUCAGAAAUUUGAGAUUGUAUUAAAAUACACAUAAUUUGGGGCUAGUGAAUAUGGCAAUUCAACCUGUCAGAUCCAACUGUUCCGCAUGGAUACUCCAGUGUGUAUUUUGACUUUUUUUUUCCCUGUAGAGAUAGUCAAUUUAUAUACAUGUUAACCAAAAUCCAUUGUAUUAGCAUAGGAAAUCAGUGUGUUAAUGAAAUCCAAUUAGUUUUUCUAAUUGUGCAGAUAAUAUCAAAUUUGUUCUUAUGGUUCAUAGGCAUGCUGCAACUUGCACAUCCAGUUCUUGGAUUUCCCUUUUAGACAUAGUCUAGAACUUGGUAUCCAAAUACAUUGUUUGCACUAACAUAUUGGCACUGCAUGGACCUUGAAAGGAAUUGUCUUGGAAUUCCUUUAAAGUUCCAUCUAGAAAUGCACUAACUUCCUUGUCAGCGGCAACUGCUCCUUGUGGGAAUGUUUGUGGCUUCUUAAAAUCAGAAUCUAAUGUGAUGAAAAGAAACAAGAGAUAAGAAAUGCUUGGAAAAGAAGUGUCAAGAGGAGCUGCUGGUGAUGUCAAAUAGUGGCUGGCUGUUAAUGGCAACUAGAAUUUGAUGCCUGCAUGUUCAUACAGAUACCACAGUAUUCUUAGCAGCCACCUCUAUAUACAAAUGUUAUGUCCUGAAGUUUGACAGUGUACGAUGAUAUGCUGCUGUCUCUGCUUAACCGUGUGUAUAUAAUUUGCACCUAAACGUCUGAUCACGGUACGUGUGUAUUUGGCCAGUGUGUUGAUUACAGUGUACUAUAAAGACAGUUGAUCAACGUAUCUUUUCCUUUAAGUGUGCGAAGAGUUGCCUAUUCUGAAAAAGAUACUGAAAAAGAUAGAAUUUGAAAAGGCUUGCUUAAGUUUUGUAACUCAAACUAUAAUGGUAAAAAAAACCCUUUUUCAGUAGUUUGCCAUUGCAUCUUCAGAAUGAAAGUGUGGAAAGAAAAUAUGUUCAGAAGGAAGUGGGUCUACCUUUAGAAUAUGGGGAACACUCUUGGUUGUAUGUUUUUUAAAUAAUAAUUUUUGAAUGUGGCAAUUCUUCAGGUCAGUAUAAUUUAUUUUAAAUUCUUGCUUUGAAGUUGACAUGCAUCUCUAGUUUCAAAGAUAUAAACAUUGUUUUUUAUUCUUUGAAAAUACUACUUUGAACUCAAAGGAGAUUUUCUGAAUCUAGUAUCUGCAUGAUUUAACCAGUCACAAAUUCCCAUUGUGUGUUAAUCAAUAAAGAACAUGUUUUAAUUCUA